AUGUUACAGGUGAAAUUAGUAGUUGUGGGUGACGGCGGUGUCGGCAAGAGCGCUAUAACUAUACAAUUCUUCCAGAAGUUAUUUGUCACUGACUAUGAUCCUACCAUUGAAGAUUCAUACAUUCAACACACGGAGGUGGACGGCCAAUGGUGUAUACUUGAUGUUUUGGACACAGCCGGUCAAGAGGAGUUCAGUGCGAUGCGCGAACAAUACAUGAGGAAAGGAGACGGUUUUCUGCUUGUGUACUCAGUGACAGACAAGCAGAGCUUUGAAAACAUCCGGCACUUCCACACGCAGAUACUGCGGGUCAAGGAUCGCGAGUCGUACCCCAUGCUGGUGGCGGCCAACAAGGUGGACCUGGUGCACGCGCGCGCCGUGAGCGAGGACGCGGGCCGCGAGCUGGCGCGCGCGCUGCCCGCGCCCUACAUCGAGACCAGCGCCAAGGAGCCGCCGCUCAACGUGGACGCGGCCUUCCACGAGUUGGUCCGAAUCAUCAGGAAUCACCCACAACAGGAAGAGAAACAGAGACGCCGACGGAAGUUCGGAAAAUGCACAUUGCUCUGAAGUUUGCUAACUAAAAGUUCUAACGUUGGGUCCACACUGUACAGCGUAGAGACUUAUGUACAGACAUCUCUAGAAACAAAAUGUGAUUUAAAGUUAUGCUGAUGUGCGUUACUCGGGAUUUUUCUCAAUUAUUGUAAAAAAAUAAUUUUCUGUUUUGUAAUAGUAUAUGAUGUUGGCGGUCGCUGGUUCCAUCCCGCACGUUGCUUAAAUUUGUAUUGGCCACACAGAUGUUGGUCGUGGUCUGGGUGUUAGUACUUGUGUAUUGUGUUUGUUCCCGGACCCCUACAAAGGAGUUAAUCGUUGAGUGAGGCGUUUAUUUAUUUAUGUAUUUGAUGAUAGAUUAAUUUUUAUUAUGUAGAUUAGACUUACAUUUGUGA